AUGUUGAGGGUACUUCAGUUUCUGGUGCUUGCUGCAGCAGCACCAGCACGAGAAGCAGCAGCAGCAACAGCAGUAGGAGCAGCAGCAGCAGCAGCUCUACCUGAACCUACGUCAACAGCAGCAGAUGAUAUACCCGUAACUACAGCAGAAACAGCAGCAGCAGCAGCAGCACCAGACGGAUCUGAAGAGCCCUUAGAAGCUCCUUUAAAAGUUGUUGAUGAUAAUGCUACACCAGAGUCUGACCCCAGACAGAAUAUGUCUGUUGUUUAUCUAGAUGCACACGCAGCAGAAGUAAAAGAGCUGGAGGAGCAGCAGCGGAUGCAGGACGAGCUGCAGCAGCAGCUGCAAGAGCAGAUGCAGGAGCUGCAGCAGCAGUCUAGCUGCCAAGAUAAAUCAGCAGCAGCAAAGCAGCAAGAGGAGACACCUGAAGCAGAGGAGACACCUCAGACAAAGCAAAUACCUCAGCAGCGCGUCGCCCCACAGCAGCAACCAGAGGACUCAGAAGAGGGGGCGGCCCCUACACGCAGACUACAGGAGACAACUCAGCAGCAGGAGGAGGAGACACCUCAGCAGCAGCAGCAGGAGACACCUCAGGCAGACGAAACAUCUCAGCAGCAGCAGGAGGAGACAUCUCAGCAGCAGCAAGAAGAGACAUCUCAGCAGCAGCAGGAAGAGACAUCUCAGCAGCAGCAAGAAGAGACAUCUCAGCAGCAGCAAGAAGAGACAUCUCAGCAGCAGCAGCAGGAGACAUCUGAACAAGCACCGACACGUAGACUAGAGGGGACAGCUCAGGGAGAGGAGACACCUCGGCAGCAGCAGGAGGCAUCUCAGCAAGAAGAGACAUCUCAGCAGCAGCAGGAAGAGACAUCUCAGCAGCAGCAAGAAGAGACGUCUCAGCAGCAGCAGGAUGCACCUCAGGUAGAGGAGACCUCUCAGCAACAAGGAGAGACAACUCAGCAGCAAGAAGAAACAUCACAGCAGCAGCAGGAGACAUCUCAGCAGCAGCAGGAGACAUCUCAGCAGGAGACAUCUCAGCAGGAGACACCUCAGCAGCAAGAAGGGGAAUCUCAGCAGCAGCAGGAGGAGGCACCUCAGCAGCAGGCGGAGACACGCAGACUAGCGGAGACACCUGAGCAGCAGGAGACCUCUCAGCAGCAGGAGGAGACAUCUCAGCCGCAGGAAGAGGCAUCUCAGCAGCAGCAGGAGGCAUCUCAGCAGGAGACAUCUCAGCAGCAGGAGACAUCUCAGCAGGAGACACCUCAGCAGCAGGAGGAGGAGGCAUCUCAGCAGCAGGCGGAGACACGCAGACUAGCGGAGACACCCCAGCAGGACGGGGAGGUAUCUGAGCAGCAGCAGGAGACCUCUCAGCAGCAGCAGGAGACAUCUCAGCAGCAGGAGGAGGAGGCACCUCAGCAGGAGACCUCUCAGCAGGAGACAUUUCAGCAGCAGCAAGAGACAUCUCAGCAGCAGCAGGAGGAGGCACCUCAGCAGCAGGCGGAGACACGCAGACUAGCGGAGACACCUGAGCAGCAGGAGGCACCUCAGCAGCAGGAGGAGACAUCUCAGCCGCAGGAAGAGGCAUCUCAGCAGCAGCAGGAGACAUCCCAGCAGCAGCAGGAGGCACCUCAGCAGGAGACAUCUCAGCAGCAGGAGACAUCUCAGCAGGAGACACCUCAGCAGGAGACACCCCAGCAGCAGGAGGAGGAGGCAUCUCAGCAGCAGGCGGAGACGCGCAGACUAGCGGAGACACCCCAGCAGGACGGGGAGGUAUCUGAGCAGCAGCAGGAGACCUCUCAGCAGCAGCAGGAGACAUCUCAGCAGCAGCAGGAAACAUCUCAGCAGCAGGAGACAUCUCAGCAGCAGCAUGAGGCAUCUCAGCAGCAAGAAGAGACAUCUCAGAAGCAGCAAGAAGAGACAUCUCAGCAGCAGCAGGAGACAUCUCAGCAGCAGGCGGAGACACGUAGACUAGAGGAGACACCGCAGCAGGAGACCCCUCAGCAGCAGCAGGAGACAUCUCAGCAGCAGGAUGAGACAUCCCAGCAGCAGCAAGAAGAGACAUCUCAGCAGCAGGAGGGGGAGUCUAUGCUAGACAAGACAACCCAGACACAGUCGGCAUCCCAGCAAGAGGAGACACCUGAGGUAGAGACACCUCAGCAGGAAGAGACAUCUCAGCAGCAGCAGGAAGAGACAUCUCAGCAGCAGCAGGAAGAGACAUCUCAGCAGGAAGAGACAUCUCAGCAGCAGCAGGUAGAGACAUCUCAGCAGCAGCAGGAGACAUCUCAGCAGCAGCAGGAAGAGACAUCUCAGCAGCAGCAGGUAGAGACAUCUCAGCAGCAGCAGGAGACCUCUCAGCAGCAGCAGGAGAUCUCCCAGCAGCAGCAGGAGACCUCUCAGCAGCAGCAGGAGACUUCUCAGCAGCAGCAGGAGACCUCCCAGCAGCAGCAGGAGACCUCCCAGCAGCAGCAGGAGACAUCUCAGCAGCAGCAGGAGACAUCUCAGCAAGAAACAUCUCAGCAGCAGGAGGAGACAUCUCAGCAGCAGGAGGCAUCUCAGCAGGAGACAGCUGAGGUAGAGGAGACACCUCGCCAGGAGGAGGCGUCUCAGCAGCAGGAGGAGACACCUCAGCAGCAGGAGGCAUCUCAGCAGGAGGAGGCAUCUCAGCAGCAAGAAGAGACAUCUCAGCAGCAGGAGGCAUCGCAGCAGCAGGAGACAUCUCAGCAGCAGCAGGAGACAUCUCAGCAGCAGCAGGAGGUGUCUCAGACAGAGGAGACCUCUCAGAAGGAGGAGACACCUCAGGCAGAGGGGAUAUCUCAGAGAGAUGAGACAACUCAGACAGAGGAGACACCUGGGCAGGAGGAGACACCCCAGACACAGGAGACAUCUCAGCAGCAGGAGGCGUCUCAGCAGCAGGAGGAGGCUUCUCAGCAGCAGGAGGAGGCUUCUCAGCAGCAGGAGGAGGCACCUCAGCAGCAGGAGGAGGCUUCUCAGCAAGAGGAGACAUCUCAGCAGCAGCAGGAGACCUCUCAGGUAGAAGAGGCAUCUCAGCAGCAAGGGGAGACACCUGAGGUAAAGGAGACAUCACGCCAAGAGGAGACAGCUCAGCAGCAGCAGGAGACAUCUCAGCAGCAAGAGGAGACAGCUCAGCAGCAGGAGGAGACACCUCAGCAGCAAGAGGAGACAGCUCAGCAGCAGGAGGAGACACCUCAGCAGCAAGAGGAGACAGCUCAGCAGCAGGAGACGUCUCAAGCAGAGACAACUCAGGAAGAGAAGACAACUCAGACAGAGGAGGCACUCUCUGAAGCGGAGACAGCUCCUUCCUUGGUGGAGUAA